CAGAACAUUCUGGAAAAGGGGCAGAGAGCUUCCAGAAUCAUUAUGGUAACUUCCAGGCCAUUAUUAUGACCCGUUGUCAUGGCAUGUGUAAACUUCCAUGGCGCCAUGGGAAUGUCUCUAUGCUAAUGAGUAGUAAGGGCAACUAGAGGUCACUUUCAUGGCCAUCUGCUUAUUUUGGCUGGCUUCUUCACUGCAUUCUGUUUCAGCCACGUCCUUUCAACCAGAUCAGCGGGGUCAUGACCAGAAAACAAGUCCUGCCAGCCUCCUACCUCAAAUCUAAUUAGAAUUUUCCUCAUGACAACCCACACAAAAGACAAAGAUAAGAAAAAGAAGGACUCCUGGGAGGCUGUGGAUCAAUUACCAGUGGAUAUCCAGAAGCACAUUCACAAGACUUGCAAUUCAAAGAACCAAUUUUUACAAUUUUUUUUCCUGUCAAUUGAAUUUGGGAAGGAAGGAACAAGCAAAAAUUGUUAUCUUCUUCUUCCGACAGCACACUACUGACAGAAAUCCAGGAGAGCUAACCUUGGAACUGCAGACACGGCAGAUAAGGCAGAGCUGGAAUGCUUUGCUGCCAGCUGGACCUUUGACCCAAACUCCAGUGUGACUGUUUCCAACACUCGCUCAACUGGAAUGCAUCAAUGA